AUGUCAGUACUUUCUAUUGAGACACUAAGCUUAAAAGAGCCCGACUGUCCCGCUGAGCCCCAAGAUUUGGACUACGAAUUUGACAAAGACUGGAAUCCAGAUGAAAACAAGAAAAACAAAACAGUGUCUGCAGCUGAGGUGUACAUGCAGGCCUGUAGGUUGGAGCGUGUGAUUCCUGUCUCUCAGUUUGUACGUAACAUUGGCACGGCAACCAUGACGCUCAACCACUGUGGCCUCGGACCUUCAGGGUGCAAGGCAAUUGCUACGGCUUUAGUGGGAGAUACCCAAAUCCAUACUCUUGAAUUGGCCGGGAAUUACAUUCAAGCAGAAGGAUCCAGAUACCUAAUGCAGCUGUUAAGGUUUAAUAGCAGCAUUGAGCACCUGGAUUUAUCCAACAACCAUUUAAAGUCUGAUGGCGCUGAAUGGAUGGCCAAAAUGUUGUCUGACAACAUUUCACUGAAAACUAUUAAACUUUCAGGCAGCAAAUUUGUAGAUGAUGAUGCCAAACAUUUUGCGGAUGCCUUGUCAACAAAUUCCAGGUUAAAGGAGCUUGACUUGAGCCAUAAUGAGUUCUGUGGAAAAGGAGGAGAGUAUUUGGGGCAACUAUUGGCAAACAAUGAAGGCCUCGAGGUGCUGGACCUCAGCUGGAAUCACCUUAGAAUGAAAGGAGCUGUGGCUUUUUGUGCCGGGCUAAAGGUGAAUACAACCCUGAAACACCUUGAUUUAUCGUGGAAUGGUUUUGGAAAUGACGGCGCUUUGGCGAUUGGAGAAGCUCUUAAAUUCAACAAUACUCUCGUGCAUCUUAACCUCAACAACAAUCGUCUCACCAAUGAGGGCGUCAGUAUGCUGUGCAGGGGUCUGGAGUACAAUGACACUCUUCAAGUACUGCUGCUGGCUUAUAACUCUUUAACAGUAGAGGGUGCCCUCGUCCUGGUCAACAUAGUGAAGAAUACACCCAAAACUGCCUUGGAUGAGAUCGAUUUAUGCAAUGUGCAGGUGAAUCAGAACUUUGUGCAUUUGCUGGAAGUGACGCGUCAGGAGCAUCCGGGUCUGAAAGUUCACUAUCGAGGUGUGGGGGGCUUUAUUGCUAAAAAGCCUCAAAAACGGAUAGAUCCAAUGAAAGUCGUCCAGGAUUAUCUGGAUAAACGGAAGCUGCGCCUGUGGGAUUUCUUUCGGAAUAUCGACAAAGAUGGCACAAUGCAAGUCCCUGUGACGGAUUUCAGAAGAGCAAUCCAGCAAUCCAGCAUUCCUUUGGAUGGGUAUCAGGUUGAGGAGCUGAUUCAGAGACUGGAUCGUGGCAGGACUGGAAUGGUCGACUACAGGGGACUGGCAGAUACAAGGAAGCAAAUGAUGAGAGAUCAUCGCCUCCAGUUGAAGAAAGUUGAGUCACGCCAGAAAAAAGAGAAGCAGAAGAGUGACCGUAUCCUCAAAACGUUCCAGAGCGCCGUGGAAGCCGUCACACCUCACAGCUCCAUGGUCAUUUCUCCAGGAGGGGCCAAAGAGGAGUCAGGUGGUCCUCAGCCUUUCUCUGCAACCCCUCUUAGCUCAUGGCACCACAUCGUCAUGUCCAACAGCAGCAGAUACUCUGUUACCAACCUGAGCAGUGAGCACGUCCACUUACCAACGCUGGGAGGGGCCUCAUCGUACCGCGUUGCCAGUUCUCCGGCGAUGCUGUCACUCUCUCAGCCCAACCUGAUCCCAGAUUCUCCUCAGUCGGCUGCUGCGAAGACAGUUUCUGCUCAGGGCGUUCGGUCUGAUCCAGAGAUAAGUCACAGCAAAUUAAGUCCCAUGACUGACAGCCUAACAAGGUCCAGACCUGCACUUACUAUCAAGCAUCCAGAGGAAAAAGCCAAAACUAAAAAAGUUAAGAAAAAGAAACCAACAAAAGCUCCAAAUAAAGACUCAAAGAAUCAUUCAAAAGCUGGAAAAUAAUACAAAGUUGUAUGAUGUGGAAUUUUUUUCUUUACAGAAGCGAUAUUAAUAUUAACAAAAUAUAUCAAUGAAUAAAUAAGGACAGUCCAUUUAAAGUGGCCUCUUCCAGUCAUUGUGUGA